UCUACUCAAGAUCUUGUGGUCCCUAGAGGCACUAACAGGCUUGUUUCUCAAAUCAAGGAGUCAACAAGAAUUCCAGUUCUUGGUCAUGCUGAUGAAAUUUGUCAUGUAUAUGUUGACAAGUCUGCUAAUAUUGAUAUGACAAAGCAGAUAAUUAGGGAUGCAAAAACUGAUUAUCCUGGUGCCUGCAAUGCAAUGGAAACUCUUCUUGUACACAAGUAUCUGUCGUGUAAUGGUCGACUUAAUGAGCUUAUCCUUGAACUUCAACGUGAAGGUGUUCAAAUGUAUGGUGGACCAAAAGCCAAUGACAUGUUAAACAUUGUUGAAAUGAGUUCUUUUCAUCAUGAGUACAACUCACUUGCACAAUUGAAAUUGUUGAAGAUGUCUUCGCUGCCAUUGACCACAUAAAUAAACAUGGAAGGCAUGUUC